AUGGAUUUUGUCAGCCUGAAAGACUUCGCAAAAGCACUGUUGAGGAGGCAGCCAGGAGCAUAUGCUGAUGUUGUGAAUGGUGAGUUGCCAGGUGCAAAUCAACCCCCACCACCGAGCCCAGAACCUGAAAAUCCGGCCCCUGCAUGGUGCAACUGUGCACACUGUGUUGUCAUGCCAACUCAGGAGGAGACCAAAUGCUGUUCUGAAAGACCAGGACGUAGCUGCAUCUCAAGAAGCAAUCUAUUUAGGCAAGUGAUUCUUGAUGGCAAUGUAUUGGAUCUUGCAAUGCGAUACAGGGAGGAUAUGCUUGUUCUAAAUGAAGUUAGGAACAAUGAAAACUUUCGACAUGCAGCAUAUCGACAAUUCGUAUUAUGGCAAUAUGGCAAGUUGGGAAGGGGCAACAGAAGAGUUGUUCCGAGCUGCUGUGUCACAACAAUACGUGCAUCUUACCCUUCGCCGAAUGGUAUUUAUACAGGCUAUCGUCCUUCACAUUUGUAGACAUUUAUUUUGUUAAUGACACACAAGUCACUAUUUGAGAAAUGGUAUUCAUUUUAA